AACACAACAUCAACCUGCUAGAUCUACUAUGCGGGAACAAGAUCCCUCUUGCACCCUGAAUAAUAGGCGUUCCGAGCUGGCGGCACAGCUCCUCAUUAAAAAAAAAAAACCCCAAAACAAAAUUAAAAUAUGGCGGCUUCCAACUUUGUCCAAAGCCAAUACCCAUCCGAGGCCUUUGUUGAGAGCUGCGGCGCCAUCGCCUUCGACCUGUCCAAGGGACCCGCAGAGGUCUGCUUGCUGCGCUACUUAGCUACGGACGAAUGGCUCCUCGCCAAGGGCAGGCGCAACUGCGACGAGUCGAGACACAAGGCGGCGCUGCGGGAUGUCCUCGAAGAGACGGGCUUCCGCUGCAGGCUUCUGCCUGUCGACAUGGCCACGCGGGCGCCGGGGCCAGAUGACGAUACCGACGCAACGGACGCGGCCACCGCGCGUCGAGCGAUCACGGAACCGUUCAUGCUGACGACGAGGAGCCUGGACGGAGGAGCCGGGGUGAAACUCAUCUGGUGGAACGUCGCCGCCGUCAAAAGCGACAACGUGGCAAGGGAGGGCACGAAGGGAGGGGGGACACAGUUCGAGGCCAGGUUCUUUAGCUGCGAUGAAGCCGUUGAGAAGCUGACAUUCGAGUCUGACCGCGAGGUCCUCAGAAGGGCCAUUGAUCUGAUCAAAAAGGCGACCUUCUAGUCGCAGCAACCUAUCCGUACCUGUUUCGAAGCUGCUCGAGGAACUAUCGUCCCCUGCCCCGCCUGACACUGCAUUUCUCGAUUCGGCAUAGGCUUCGCAAUGCGUGCUGCAGGUUGACAGGCAACGACCGGGGAAAUCCACGUCCUCAAUGGCGCUACCCCCUCAAAUGAUGGGUUACAUAAGCGACCCAGCCAUCCCCUGAACCAAUCAAUGGCCUUAGUCGUGGCGCU